AUGUAUAUCUGGACCCUUGUGGGCGGCUUAUCCGCUGUAGGCGGAAUAGGCCUGUCGUACGCCAGUGCGAUCGAAGCAGAUAACUUUAAUGUGACCAGUGCAUUGGAAAACCUGGGUGUGGAUGUUUCGAAGAUUCCUGCAUUGCAGUCAUUCUCUGGUCUCCAGUCACGAUCGAACAGGAAUGGCUGCGCCGCUGCAUGUGAGAGUCUGAGCUUCCUUUUCUCAACAAAGGUCUCGGCUCAAAAUAGUACCGGUUACAACAAUUUCACCGGCUCUUUUUGGUCCGUGCAGCAAGAAGAGGUUCAGCCUCAUUGUGUCUUUCGUCCCACCGUAAACACGGAGGUCAGCACUGCUGUUCUGCUUUCCCGAUACACCGAUUGUGAGUUCGCUGCCAGGAGUGGUGGCCAUGCUGCAUUUACGGGCGCGUCUAGCGCUCCCGGUGGUAUUAGCAUUUGGUUCAAGGACAUGAAUGAAGUCGCUCUUAACGACGAUAAGUCAGUCGCUUCUAUCCAGCCUGGAAACAACUGGCUAUCAGUUUACUCUGCACUCGAGCCAUAUGGUCUGGCUGUCAUCGGAGGCCGAGCUGCUAGUAUCGGGGUUGGUGGUUUCAUGCUAGGAGGUGGAAUCUCUUACCACUCAAACUUGUAUGGAUGGGCUUGUGAUAACGUGCAAAGCUUUGAGGUUGUUACUGCCAGUGGCGUGAUUGUCACUGCAAGUGAAUUUUCACACUCUGACUUAUAUUGGGCUCUUCGUGGUGGCGGUAACAACUUUGGUCUUGUCACCAGGUACAACCUAUACACUAUCCCUUGCCCUGAGAUGCGAGGGGGAGCUAGAACCUUCCUCCAGACUGAGUUCACGGAUGUUGUCAACGCCUUCAUCAAUGUCGCCAACAAUGCCUCCGCGGACGGUCACGCGCAGCAAUAUGUCGCUUUCCUCCAGACGGGGGGAACCAAUCUUGCCUUAGCUGAGUUGACAUAUACGAAGAACGUCACCAACCCGGAGAUUUUCAAGCAGUAUCGAAGCAUCCCCGCGGUUGCCGACACAACCACCGCCAAGACCCUUGUUCAGUACGUGGAAUACCUCGAGGCAGAUAAUCCGUUCGGUCUUCGUGAGGUGUACUGGCCGAUCACCGUGCACUUGAAUGAAGAUUUUGCGAACUGGAUCGUGGAAGUAUUCUACUCGAUGAUCCCACAGGUAGCCAAUGUCACCGGUUCUCAACCGGUGGUUAUUUACCAAGCAAUUACAGAGCCAAUGCUGAAGAAGAUGAGCAAUUUCGGUGGCAACGCCCUAGGAUUCGACGCUUCUACUGGACCUAUCCAUCUUAUGCACCUUUCCUGCUGGUGGACGAAUGAGUCUGAUGAUGCUAUUGUCUAUUCGUUCGUCAAUAGCUUCUGGGAUAAGGUCAUCACACAGGCCAAGAGCUUGGGCCUCGAUAAUGAUUAUAUCUACAUGAAUUAUGCGAGCAUGUUCCAGGAUCCUAUUGCUAGCUAUGGUGAUAGCAACAAAGCUCUUUUGAAGAGCAUUGCGAGCAAGUAUGACCCGAAGGCGAUUUAUCAAACCCUCCAGCCAGGAUACUUCAAGCUCGAUGGUGCUCCCGUGACUGGAUCGUUCUAG